AUGUCACUAAUCAUAUGGCUUAUAGCCAUCUUCCUACACAAAUGCCUGCAAAUCAAAAUGAGAGCCCAUAACGAAGCAUGUACACCCGUUGAAACCAUGGUUUUCAUUAAAGCGCUUGCGAUUGCCAUCCUUGCAUCUGCUGCAAUAGGACAAGAAGAAUCCCCAAACUGCAAUGCAACUUUUGUUGGAGUGACUGGUACUAAGGAUAUAUCACAACAACAAAAGAGUACGGAAGCUAAAGCUGCCACGUGUACUGUAACUGUGAAUACUCAACAAGGAUACAAGCUGAAACUCAAAGUCACAGACUUAUCCAUCGGCUCAACCACAAAUUGUAUGGAAAAUUAUGUGAAACUCGGGAGUACAAGUGAUUUAACCGGUCCGGAUACGCUGACUGUUUGCGGGUCCAGUGUUCCAACGGAACCGUUCAACACUACAGGUGACCAGUUUCACAUGAAAAUUAAAGUCACGGAUUUUGCCAAACAACCAGUUUUGAGCUUACUAUACAAAUCUAAUGAUUCUGUGAAAACUGAAUAA